AUGGUCAAGUUUUUUCAGCCAAAGGUUGAUCCCUUGCCUACGGGCAUUGACUUGACGGGCAAGACCGCGGUCAUCACCGGUGCCAGUGCAGGCAUGGGUCUGGAAGUCACCAAGCAGCUUUUGCGCUUGCGCCUCUCCACCGCCAUCCUCGCCGUGCGCAAUGUCACCAAAGGGGAGGCCUGCAUCAAAUCGCUGCUGCAGGACCGCGGCAUUCAAACCCACAACCCCAAACCCACCAUCAAGGUCAUGGAGCUUGACAUGGACCGAUACGAUAGCGUGCAGCAAUUCGCGAAAACUCUCCGCGAAGAGGUUCCGGUCGUUGACCUCCUCAUCCUCAAUGCGGGAGUUGCUUCUCUGAACUUCGAACGUAGCCCAAGUGGCCACGAGAGGGUGACCCAGGUCAACUACUGCUCCAACGUCCUGCUCGUGGCCGAGCUUCUCCCUCACCUGGAAGCCGGUGCGGAGCAGACCGGUUCCCCUGCCCGGAUCAGUUGGGUAGGCAGUCGUUCGCACGAGACACCCAGUUUCGAGAAGAAGGCCCCCGUUGGAGCCGACGAGGGGGUCUUGGAGCAUAUGGACAAAGAGGAAGCUUUUGUCCCUUUCCAACGGUAUAAUGAUACCAAGUUACUCUGUGUGCUGUUCUUGUACAGCCUGGCGCCGCGCCUGGAUCCUAAAAAGGUCGUCAUCAAUACAAUGUGUCCGGGUAUGGUGAACACCGGGAUGAGCAACAUGCUCCCACUACAUCUGCGCUUGAUUUUCAACGUCAUCAAAGCCAUUCGCGCCCGUCCAGUCGAGGUUGGGGGCUGGAUUAUCCUGAACGCUGCAGUCGUUGCAGGCCCAGAGUCCCAUGGGAAGUUCCUGGCGGAUAAGACCAUCACCGAUAAAUCCGCAAUUGUUACCUCCCCGAUGGGCCAGGAUAUUCAAAAGAAACUUUGGGAAGAGACAAUCACCGAGCUGAGCAAGUUGACCACCCUUCCUCCCCAGUUCCGUUAA